AGUCCCCGGAGCAGCCGAGGCCCGCACGUGUCUAGGAGAUGAGCGGUGCGGGCCGCGGGGCGGUGACCCGCAGCAGGAGCCGCAGGCCCGGCCGGGUGGAGGAUGCGGGCUCCCGGCCCGCUGCAGGGUCGAGGCUUCAGCCGUCACCGUCGGAGGUCAACCUGGAGAAGGGGCGGCAGACGCCCCCUGACACGAGCCCUUUUGCAGUGGUCCCCGCCGGAGAAGCCCAGGUCCGGCCCCUGAAACGGCAGCGGCGGCGACCUAAGGCGGGGAGCCUCGAGGUCUGCUACGAACCUUUGGCGGGAAGUGGCGGUGAGGCGGCGGGGCUCGGCCCCUCCGGGAGCUCCCCGUGGGAACCCCCGGCCUGGAGGCAGCACCUGGACAACAUCCGGGACAUGAGGGAGAGCAGAGACGCCCCCGUGGACCAGCUGGGGGUCGAGCAGUGUUUCGACCGGGACGCCCCUCCAGAGGUACAGCGAUACCAAGUGCUGCUGUCGCUGAUGCUGUCCAGCCAGACCAAGGACCAAGUGACCGCGGGAGCCAUGCGGCGACUCCAGGCCCACGGUCUGAGCGUGGACGGCGUCCUGCGGAUGGACGACGCCACUCUGGGCCGGCUCAUCUACCCCGUGGGCUUCUGGAAGAGCAAGGUCCGGUUCAUCAAGCAGACGACGGCCAUCCUGAAGGACCGGUACCGGGGAGACAUCCCAGCCACUGUGGCCGGCCUGCUGCAGCUGCCUGGGGUCGGACCCAAGAUGGCCCACCUGGCCAUGGCUAUCGCCUGGGGCGCCGUGUCUGGCAUCGCAGUGGACACCCACGUGCACAGGAUAGCCAACAGGCUCCAGUGGACCCAGACGGAGACCAAGAGCCCCGAGCAGACCCGAGCCGCCCUGGAGGACUGGCUGCCGAGGGAGCUUUGGAGCGAAAUUAACUGGCUGCUGGUGGGCUUCGGUCAGCAAGUGUGCCUGCCCCGCCACCCUCGCUGUGCCAGCUGCCUCAACCGCACCCUCUGCCCUGCCGCCCGGGAAUCCUGACGGGAGGGGCCGGGCGGAGGCCCGCGGAAGUGGCAGGGGUGUCUGGCUGCCGCCCCUGGCUCCAGACUGGGCCUGGCCUAUUUCCGGGCCAGGGGCUGGGCUCACCUCCUUCCUCCUCGAGUGGCCGGAGCAGCGGGCAGGACUCGGGCCGACCCUGGGCCUGUAGACACCGCAGCAGCCCUGCCUGGGCCGGGGGAGGCUGCCUCCUGCCCAAGGUCUGGGCCUGUUCCCAAUUGGUUAAUAAAGUCUGGAACUUUGGGCCACAGUGUUGGUAGGGGGGAGGUCAAGGGUCAAGGGCCCCGGGCAGGGGGAGGGACGGCAGUGAGAAGACCCCACCAUUUCCCGCAUUUGCCCAAUCGGAUCUGUUUGGGAAAUGAUUUCUCAGUGGCGCCGGUGGCCGGCCGGCUCAGCCAAUACACCUCCCUCUCUCUCCCCUGCCCGCCUUGCCGUCACCCUCUCCUACGAUGCCCCCCUCCUCCCUCCCUGGCUCCCGCUGGCACCGGUCUUGUGGUCCCAGGUGGGGCUGGGCCGGUUUCCUUCAAGCCACCUGGCACUUUUUGGGCAGGGGUAAGGCCGGGGUGAUCCACCUUCCUGGCGUGAGCAGCCAUAGGUGGCGGAGGAUUGGGGUAGCAUUUGCAGCACCUCAGUUGGGGCCCACCGCCGCAACGCCUUGACCCGAGCCCUCAGACAGUCGGCCCCUGAAGCCUUCAAGCCUCCGAUUCACCAAUGGUCACUCUGCCCCAGGGGCCCUUCACCCCCAGGGCUCAGUCU